CAAAACGGUCAUAUAGUUAGAGGACUGGUAACAUGGAUAUGCUAACAUAUAUCAGUUCAUGACGAUUAUAAUGUUAUCCUAUACAAGUUCGGGUUUUAUUUAUGUGUGCUUUAAGAGAAAACAAACAUCAAGGUGAACCGUCUGAAGCAUAAGCAUCCAAUAAUUCAUUCACAAUAUACAGUGCUAGUAAACAGUAGUAAUGAAAAAUAGUGCAGCAAUAUGGAUGUAAUAUGCUCUGCGUAAACAAAUCUGGCGCUUUCGACUCUAACUCUAUAGAAUGUUAUAAUUAUCAGACUGACAUGAAGUGGCAUAUUUAUUGUUGUGUGGUGUUACUGUUAGCACUGAAUUCUUGCACUGCUCAAGUCUGCCCAAACGGAUGCAACUGCUACAAGCCAGAGGCCAAAUGGUUCGGUCCCGACCUGUAUCACACAGCCUGUGAUGAACUAGCACUCACCAAUGUGCCAUCUAAUAUCCCACAUAUGACAACAGACCUGUCCUUAUCUGGGAACCAAAUCUCAACAUUUGGCCAGGAGAUUGGUAAAAUGACGAAACUUAAGGCAUUGUAUUUACGUCAAAACAAUAUAAGGACAGUUGAUGCAAACAUGCUACAAACUUUGAAGGGAAUCCCAAAACUGCAAGCAAUCGAUCUCAGUGGUAACCCAUGGGAUUGCUCAUGUACAGAACCAAUGAGACAGUUUACUAUUUAUAUACAGACACUUAAAGGACCUCGCCCUUUGGAUGGCCAUAGAUGGCUAGCACAUGUGAAUGGAUAUGAUGCAACUUGUAAAACACCUGAACGACUAAAAGGGAAACGAAUCGAUGAACUCCUAGCAAGUGACAUUUGCCAGUAAUUAUUUACUUGACUUGACUUGACUUGGUAUUCCAGAAGCAAUAAUCGAUGCUCUAUUUUUCUGAAAAGUAUCUUAGGUAAAAACCUCGAGUUCCAAGUUUGAACAACAAGACACCUAAAUUCAUUUUGAAAAUGCUUUGCAAGGGAGCAUAAGAUUUAUUGUUUUACUAAGAUAAGCAUAACAUCAAUAAAUGCCACAUAUUUUUUCUUUUGAUAUCAAUAUACAGACUAUUGCUCGAACUAUUUGACAUUAAUUUUCAUUUAUUUUUGACAUUAAUUUUUAUUAUAAAAUAAAGUUUCUUUGCAUUUGAAAACAUGUACAGGAUUGUCCAUAUUUUUUAAUUUUAGUGGAUUUUAUCUUAGUAUAAGCAUGCAUAUGCUACGAAUGUAAUAUCAUAUACGGUUUGAAAAAAUAAUGUGUAUGACGUAUGUAUCAUAUUAUAUAAAGUUACAUUUUUGGCACACAUAAAGACAUAUUUACAUUUUUAUCUUUACUCAUGUUUGUACUUCCGUA